ACUGUUUGAAUCAUUUUCGGCCGUUAAAAGAAUCAGCCCGGGAAAACAAGUAAUUACUCGUAUGUUUGUAAGUUUCCUUUUUUGUUAUGUUUUAUAAUUUUGUAUUAGCUAUACCAUAUAAAUAUAUCAUGGUUAUAUAACAUUUUAAGGGUAAUUAUUGCAAGAGGCUGUCGUUAGGUAUUUUGUUAUUUUGUUAACAAUACCUACUCACCUAAUUUCGCCCUUACUUUUCUUUCUUUGUUAUUCGCUUUGAUAUUUAAAGUAUACCUUAAAGUUUAUAUUUCAAAUAUGAAAAAAAACACUUUUGUAUUUGAGAAGAGUGAUAUAGAACAGAAAAAAACUUGAAAUUUGGUGAAUUAAUAUGAAAACGACUGGGUCAUUUGUACCACUUUCACUUUGCUUAGGUUUAGUAUAGGCUCUUCGUUGACGGCCAUCCAAAUUGAAUUUACUCUGUAUUACUAAAUUUCUCAUAAUUAAAAUAUGUUGUAGGAAAUGACUUAAUCUUUUUGUUUUUUUUUCAGAGUAUUAUUUGUGACGAUACGGGCAAGAGGUUUGUAACAGCAGAAUCUCUACCAAGAUGUUUUGCCAUAGGCCUAAAAUGUUUCGAAAUCCUAACGGAUGCUGUAUUUGUGAGACGAAAACAUCCUCUUCAAGAUUUACAGCAAGCAAACCCUACGAAGAACACUUUAAACAGUGUUUCAAUCUCAUACCUACCGAGGAACGAACUGGUCAAAUGUGCAACGCAUGUGUUUUAUUAUGUAAAAGGCAUUUAAAAAGUGGAGGUGUAAAAACUUACGAAAGAUACGUUGGUAGUAAAGCGGCGCCUAGGGGUAGACGAAGGAGAUUGCCACCACCUGAUGAAAAUCAUCGAUUGUCUAAAGGUAAAAAAAGGCCUGAUUUCCCAUCAAAUAGCAAAGGAAGACGGAAAAAGUCUAAACCAAAGAAAAAAGCGUUUGGAGCUCUAUUAGAUCUACAAGAAUUUGAAUUAUCAGAAUCAGAAGCUGAAGAAGAUAGUUACGAAACAAGAGUAUAUUAUACAAGCUCAUAUAUUGAUCUGACUAUAUCUCAACCUCAAAAAACUUGCUGCGGAAUUGUCUUCGUGAAUAAGAAAGGUGAAGUGACUGUUGAUAGUCUUCUUUUAAGUAUGUGGGACUGUAAGUCAAAGUCGAAUUGCUUCAAUGUUAAUAAUAUUUUUAGGAAAUGUCAUUUGGAAGAUGAAUAG